AUGCGGGUCUUGGUGCACAAGUUUAUGAGCGACUUGGGCUGUUUCUAUGUUCUGACACUGGAAAUGACUGGUGAAGGCAACUCCUCUGCUCCAAGUUCUAAAUCAGCAAUCAAAGGAAAUGUCAUUGCCUGGCACGUCACUGCAAAUGGACUGGGGCUUUCAUUUUCAGACUCACUGCACAUAGCAAUUCUGGCUUCCAUAUUUUCUCUUAUAAUUUACUGGCUCAUCAGAGACAGAUACAGAGUAAGAAACCUGAGUGGAAAGCAUGUCUUCAUAACAGGCUGUGACACUGGACUUGGAAACUCCCUGGCUAAAUGGCUUGACAAAAGGGGAUUUUGUGUCAUUGCUGCAUGUGCCACAGAAAAAGGAGGCCAAGAGCUACAGUCCUGCUCUUCACCCUCACUGAAGACAGUGAAUCUGAACUUAGCAGACUCCAACAGCAUUGCCAGGGCUGUGGGGUUUGUGACUGAAGAGACAGCUGGCAAAGGGCUUUUUGGCUUGGUGUGCAAUGCUGAAGGAACAGCUCCUGUAGCACCCACUGACUGGCUGAGGAUUGAAGACUUCCAUUCAGUGCUGGAUGUUAAUCUGCUGGGAUUGAUUGAAAUCACACUCAAGCUUCUGCCACUUCUGAAAAAAGCUGAGGGAAGAGUUGUCAAUCUAAUUAAUGCCAAAGGCCUCAUGGCUUUUGUAGGGGGUGGCUAUAGUCUGUCCAAAUGGGGCAUGGAAGCUUUCUCUGACACUUUACGGAUAGAGAUGCAGCAUUUUGGAGUGAAAGUAAGCGUUGUUGAGCAUGGUUUCUUUAAGGCAGCAGUAGUUAAUUCAGAUAUCACCGAGAAAUACCUCUUCAGACUUUGGAACGGACUGACUCCUGAGACCAGGGACUCCUACGGAGAAGAAUACUUUGUUGAAUAUGUAAAAGCACAAAGAUCUUCAGUCAGAAGACUGUGUGACCAUGAUAUUUCUAGUGUCAUAAAAUGCAUGGAACAUGCCCUGAUAGCAAAGUACCCAAGAACACGAUACAGAGCUGGAUGGGAUGCAAAGUUCUUUUGGCUGUUUCUCUCCUAUGCCCCAAGCUGUUUAUCUGACAUGCUGUUGCGUAUGAUGUUUCCAGCUCCAGCAGACAGUGGGAGAUCAGUUCCUGGAGUUCUAAUUAAUGUCUAGUAUUAAAACAGUAUCAGCUCUGCACAAAUAAAUACUAAUUCUGUCAAAAUCAGGUGU